CAUUCCAAACAGAUUUUUUUUUCUUUAAAAUUUAGCCCUUGAUUACAAUCUCACGGUAAGAAAUGAUGCAGUCUAAGAUGGAAGCGGGCUAACUUGUUAGGAGGAGGAUGAAAAUCCACACCCCUUUCGGUUUCUACACGGCAUCGUACCGGAACGCUAAAUCGCUUGGCAGUACGUCUUUGCCGGUAGGGUGGUAACUAGCCACGGCCGAAGCCUCCCACCAGCCAGACCUGGACCAAUUAAGAAAAUCUCAAUCUGCCCAGCCGGGGAUCGAACCCAGAACCUCCGUUAUUUAAAUCCACCGCGGAUACCACUGCGCCGAGGAGGCCGUCAAAUACAAUCAAAAGAAUAAUGAUAUACAAGAAUAAAUACAAUCAACUUGAAAGGGAAGGGUCUCUGUAGGCAAGAAGUAAAUGCACAUUAGUCAAAGCGAAGCUUCACCGGGUCCACUAGUAGGUACAUAUUAUAUUGUCUGUUCGCGAUAAACUUACAAAGUAUAGAUAUAGAAUGAAUGAUAUGAUAUGAAUUCAUGGUGAUUUAUGAAAAAGUGGUAGUCAGUGGCGUGCACUUCAUAGAUGCAUCAAUACGCUGGAUUCAUUACGAACCUGCAUUGGAGGAGGAAUUUUCCAUUUUGUACAAUAUUUAUGUGUAGGUGCAGAAUUAUAAACUCAUCCAAAUUCUCUUGUAAUUUAGGUACUUCAUCUCAACCAGAUACCAAAACAUCUUCAAGCAUCGAAAUUAGCGUAUCAGACAUUAAAAGCAAAAUAACAGAUAUAGAGCAGCAACUCAGCACCGUCAGCAAACACUGCCAAGAUUUAAGUUGCGUCGAAGAAAGUUUUAAAGAAGAAUCGGAAAUUAUAUCACUGCAGUCUCAACAAAAUGUCGAAGCUAUGAAAAAUACAGAAAGUAGCGCUGCAAAAGAUGUAGAAACAAAACUACUUUAUAAGUCUUUGAACAGCCAAGAUCGUUACAACAAUAAGAAAUACAGUGUAAGCGCCAAACAAAAUGACAAUGCAAACGAGAUUUCAUCUGAUACCCAAAGUGUCGACCGAGGAGAUAGACAAGAUUUUAAAUACAAACGAGAAAAUAUCAAGUUUGAAAAUGAAAGGCCCGAAAGGCCUGAAUAUGCUCCAGUUCGCCCAAAAAGAACACAUCGAAAAUAUAAAACUACAGGACCUAUCAAUUCAAGAAUCAGUUUUCACUCUUUAGUUGACAAAGGAAAUAAAUAUUAUACAAAACCUCGAUAUUCAAGUCACCAUGAAAAAAGACACUCGAGGAAAGAAUAUACCGAACCUUUAAUUUCAAAAGAACAUAGUAAUAAAGAAGCUUUUCGUGAUAUUUUAAAGAAUAAUGAAAGAGAGCGUGGUGACAGACAUAAAAGUAAAAGAACAAAACGUGUUUAUUCCGAUGUUGAUAAACAUUUUAUUGAAUCCAUAAUUAAAAAACAAUACAAACCCGUUAAAUUAUUCGGUAGAAGAGAUUCAGGUUUCAGUCAGUUCUCUGCCCCAGUAUGCCGUGAUCAAGAAUUAGUAGUAGGUGGUGAUGAUAUUCAUGAAGGUAUUGAGUUAUGUUCAUGUUGCUUUGAUAAAUGUAGAAGGAAGAGGCACCACUGCGCUCCUCAAAGCGACUUUGAUAUGAGGAGUAUUUGCGAUACACGGCUUUACAGUUCAAAAAGAAAUAGAAGAGUUAAAGAAAGAGAAAUAAAUGAUUAUAAUAAUUCUGCCUUAUAUGAUGUCGUUCCUGUAAAAGAAAAAUCGAGCCCAAAAACAAGAAAAAAGUUCACAGAUGAUUAUAUAUCAUAUCAAUGUUGUAAGGAAGUUCCACCGUCCCCGAGGAGUAAUAGACCGAGGCUUAAUUUAAAAGUACAACAUUGUGAAGACUAUGAGGAUACCUUAUAUAACGAAAGAAUUCAGUAUCGAAAAAUAUCGCCCACGCGAGACGUAAGAAAGAAAUUUUUAAAUGUGAUGGACAGUGAUGAGUCCGCAGAUUGUUAUCCUCAAAAAAUACAACCCAUAAUAUAUAACAACCAAAAGUCUCGUAAACUUGUUUUAACUGAAGAAGACGUCGAAACAAUGAGCAGUCUACAACAUCCCAAAGUCGCCAAAGAACAAGUUAAUAUAUCGAAUAAUGAUACAACACUAAACACGCAAUUAACUGAAUCAGCCACAGACAAACCCGACAGGACGCUUUCUGAAAUCAAAGAUAUACUUAAAACUUUAAUGCUUGAAAUAAAAAAAGAAUCCUCGUUUAGUGAAAAAUCUGAUGGAACCAGUAAAAAUAAUAAUAAACUGACUCAAGAAAAUUCAAACACUUUACCAAAUAGCAAUAACAACUAUAGACAAAUUCCGCCAUUUAUGCCAACAUUUCCAAAUCCAUGCUGCUAUCCAGUUUUACCUGUCUGUCCUAUGUCGUGCAUGCAAAAUGGUUACGUAAUAUCAAGUCCUAGUUAUACUUGCAAUAUGUGUGCAAAAACUUCAAAAGAACAUGCUUGUCUCGGUAAUGAUUCAAAUAACAAAAGCACACCCGUAGAAGAAAUGAACGAAACGCAAGAGCUCAUAAAGGAAAUUUAUAAAUGUGUUUCACAAAAACCAAAAUAUCAUCAGACAAGAAAAUAUGACGGCCACGGUACAAUUAGCGCUAGAUCAAAAUCUGAACAUUUGCUUGACAAAAACUUACUUGCCGGCGGAUACCCAGGAGGGAGUAGUAAAGCUUCCAAACUCGAUGCCAAAAUUGGUACAUCUCAUCUAAAAUGCUACUCAAAAAGCUGUGAAGCGUUUGGAUCACGCAUUCCUUCUGAUACAUAUAAUACUGAUGCUAGAUGUUCCGAUACAAUUUUAGAUAAACUAAGCUUAGAAGUAACACAGUCAUGUUCCGAAACCGAUUUAAGUGCUUAUAUUUCGGAAGAAAAGGUAAAACGAGGAAAAUUAUCAAAAGUUCUCAAUUCCUUUAAACUAUUCAAAAAUAAAAAGAAAAAUGUGCUUGAAGAAAUGAACGAAACUGAGAGUACUGUAGAAGAUAUUCCAAAAAGUCCCUAUAACCAACACAUUCAAAGCUACGCAAUGCAUAGUCAGGAAUAUUACAAUGCGCCACCACUCGGACAAUAUUGCUGCCCUUCGCGCCAUAAAUGUCUCCCACAGAACUACACACACACUCCACCUAACAAUUUUUCUAACAAAAAUAACAAUAAUUACCACGAUCGCGCUCCUGACCGUCAAUGUUUCCCAAAAUAUCCAAGAGCCCCGCCUUAUCCCAACUGUGAUAAUUUCUACGACCAAAUCCCUCCCCAAGUGCCGGUGUGCCUCAGAGAAAUUGAAGUAAAAAGCAUUGGUAUUCAGAGUGACAGGAAAGAGUCUAUUCUGGAGAAAAUCAUAAAGAAGAUACCAGCACAGCAAGCGAGCAACCAAGGCGCCUCUCGACACGCCACAUUUGAUAGUAAGAAAAACAAUUUUUGGAAAUCUUUCCCAGAUAACGCUAAUCAAAACCACCAUGACACUAUAAACUUUUCUUACAAAACCCAGAAGGAUCUAGCACAACGGGAUAUGAAUCUUAAGAACGCAAUGAUUAAAAAACUUUUCUACAAAAGAAACCCAUUCUCGCCCAGCAACUUGAUAAUGCGAACUCUACUCGGCAAAAAUAAGUCUCUUUACGACAACCCUCCACAGGCGUUCAAACCUCGGAUGUUCUUUUAAGUGCAUGUUCUAGUUCCUAAUCAUUUGUAAUUCUUAGUAAAAUUGUUUUGUGUGUGUAAUUUCUGUUUUGG